AUGCAUACCGCUUGGCUACCUUGGGACGACAAGAAUAAAAAUGGCGAACCUCAGACAAAACUUCUGGGUAUUAAGAUGCUACCCCUGACUGUCUAUGUACCAGGUGCUAUUGUUGUCAUAGCUCCCAGUGGUACAGGGGAGUAUAUCCCUUUAGAAGCCCUCAAUACGAACGGGGAAGACAACGACGAUGAGGCCGAAGAGGAACAGCCCCAUCGCCAGCGAAGAAAUAUCUGGCAUAGAAUCGAUACCACUAGUAUUUUGACUAUAUUCCUCGGCUUCCCGUUUCUUCUAUUCGCAGUGACACUCUUGGCCCUGUUCUGGCACGAAUCAAUGAAAGCUAUCGACGGGGCAGAGCCAGGCUGGGCGGCCCAGCUAGUGACGAUAUGCACCGCCUCUAUCCAAACGGUGGUGGCUUUCCAGGCUGGACUUGCAACGGCUAUGGUCAUGGCGAUUGCUUCGGAAACCACAGGCGCACCUCUUCUACAUGUUCCAUUUUACUCCAUUCUCCGAGCAGUCAAGGUGGCUCCUAGUAACUUUUGGACUGCGACCAAUUUCCAGCCUCAAUUAUCAUACUUUAUUUAUGUGAUGGUGCUCACCGAGGUGCUGGUGACAGCAGCGUCCAAGUUCCUGUCCACUAUCGUCUUGGCUGAUUUUGGUAAUGGGACCUUCUCCUAG